CUUGUGAGUUUUUUCCUUUAUCAACUUAACUAAAGAGUCACUGGUUCCUAGCUCAAGAUGAAAUGUCCAGCGAUGAACAAGAGUAAAUGUGCAAGGAAUCGCAAGUCGAUGCGUGCAGUUCGAAACUGUCCAAAAUUCAAGUGUCAAAGGCCCUUUCCCAAAACUGGUAACGGGUUUUUAAACUUUUUGCGGUCUUUUCGGCGCAAGAACUGCGGUCUCAGUCCCAUCGAAAUGAUCCGCAAGUUCGGAGCUGCAUGGAACGAGUUGCCCGAAAGCUACAAGGAUCGUUAUCGCCGUCAGUUUUGCAAAAUGACCAAAAACUGCCGCCACAAGCGUGGACUUGUCUGUCAAAAUUAAUAUCUAUCAAAUAGCGUUCUUAAAUGUGUUAUCUGCUUUAGAUUAGGACCAGCACCCAAAAUAAAUUAUGACAAAUU